CUCGCCGUCCUUUCCAAACUUGGGCGUCCGAUAGUGCUUGUUCCGGCCUCCUCUUCCUCUUCCUUUUCCCUUCCCCGGCCGCGAUUUUCCCUACCUUCUUCCCUCCUGUCCGCCUCUUCUUUUUCUGCUUGCAACUCCGGGUCCGGGCCACUUUCAGGGCCGGGUGCACUACGGUGCGCGGUCCCGGGGCCCAGUAUAUGACCCGCCGUCCGGCUGCCGCUCGCUUCCCCCGCCCCAUGUGGCUGCGGGGCCGCGGCGGCGCUGCCCACUAUGGCCCGGAAAGCAGUUAGCAGGAAGCGGAAAGCGCCGGCCUCGCCGGGAGCUGGGAGCGACGCUCAGGGCCCGCAGUUUGGCUGGGAUCACUCACUUCACAAAAGGAAAAGACUCCCCCCAGUGAAGAGGUCCUUAGUUUACUACCUGAAGAGCCGGGAAGUCAAGCUACAGAGUGAAACCAGCUACUUCCGAGUGUUGCAUGGUUAUGCAGCACAGCAACUUCCCAGCCUCCUGAAAGAGAGAGAGUUUCACCUUGGGACUCUCAAUAAAGUGUUUGCAUCUCAGUGGCUGAAUCAUAGGCAAGUGGUGUGUGGUACAAAAUGCAACACGCUAUUUGUAGUGGAUGUCCAGACAAGCCAGAUCACCAAGAUUCCCAUUCUGAAAGACCGGGAGCCUGGAGGGGUGACCCAGCAGGGCUGUGGUAUCCAUGCCAUUGAGCUGAAUCCCUCUAGAACACUGUUAGCCACUGGAGGAGACAACCCCAACAGUCUUGCCAUCUACCGGCUGCCUACACUAGAUCCUGUGUGCGUGGGAGAUGAUGGACACAAGGACUGGAUCUUUUCCAUCGCAUGGAUCAGCGACACUAUGGCGGUAUCUGGCUCACGAGAUGGUUCUAUGGGACUCUGGGAGGUGACAGACGAUGUGUUGACCAAAAGUGAUGCAAGGCACAGUGUGUCACGGGUCCCUAUGUAUGCCCACAUCACUCACAAGGCCUUAAAGGACAUCCCCAAGGAGGACACAAACCCUGAUAACUGCAAGGUCCGGGCUCUGGCCUUCAACAGCAAGAACAAGGAAUUGGGAGCAGUCUCUCUGGAUGGUUACUUUCAUCUCUGGAGGGCUGAAAAUACACUAUCUAAGCUUUUCUCCACCAAACUGCCAUAUUGCCGUGAGAAUGUAUGUCUGGCCUAUGGUAGUGAAUGGUCAGUGUAUGCAGUGGGCUCCCAAGCACAUGUCUCCUUCUUGGAUCCACGGCAGCCAUCUUACAACGUCAAGUCUGUCUGCUCCAGAGAGCGAGGCAGUGGGAUCCGGUCAGUGAGCUUCUACGAGCACAUCAUCACUGUGGGCACAGGGCAAGGCUCCCUGCUGUUCUAUGACAUCCGAGCUCAGAGAUUUCUGGAAGAGAGGCUCUCAGCUUGUUAUGGGUCCAGGCCCAGAUUAGCAGGGGAGAAUCUGAAAUUAACCACUGGCAAAGGCUGGCUGAAGCAUGAUGAAACCUGGAGGAAUUACUUUUCGGACAUUGAUUUCUUCCCAAAUGCUGUUUACACCCACUGCUACGACUCGUCCGGAACGAAACUGUUUGUGGCAGGAGGUCCCCUCCCUUCAGGGCUCCAUGGAAACUAUGCUGGGCUCUGGAGUUAAUGAUAAUUAACUCUCUCCCAAAAUGCAGAGACUUACACUAACAUCCAUCCUCCGUUUCCUUGUUUCUUCUUUGGAUUUUUAUCCCCCCCCCCCCCGCCCCGCCCAAUUGUGUGAGGCUCUCAAACUAUAGGGGGAACAGCGGAGUUUACCUAUGGUUUAGGCAUUUGACGGGAAGAAGCUCUGUAUAGAAAUCUGAAUAGGGCCUUUUCCUUUUUGGUAAUCAGAAUUUUAGUUUAUUGCUCUUUUUGUUUGUUUCUCACCAAACGUUAUUAAUACCUAUUUGUGUUUUUUUAAGUGACACACAAUUUCCCUUCUCUGGCUUCCUCUUUAGGCUGACACACUCAUUCUCAUCCUUACUUCGCUCAUGAGGUAGGGUUCCUUUAUAUUUACGUGGUUGCUGUCAGACUUUCCGUGAAAGUUUGGGGGCUGUGUGUGUGUGCGAGCUUGCGUGUCUGUAGAUAACUCUGUGUCACUAAAAUUAUCUGAAGUGAGGAUUACUUGUAAUUAAAAUAUUUAUAAAAGAAACAACUUUAUUUAGAGUCCAGCUUUGGACUAGUCUUUAUCUUGUUUUUUGAAGUCUGACAAGACUGAUUAUACGAAGUAAAAACAAAGAAAAACAAAUAUCCAUCAGGAAAACCCUUUGAGUUAGACUGUAGGCUUCUGGGGGGGCCCCCAUGCCAGGAUGUCAGAGUGUUCCAGCCCCUACCUGUCCCUCCACCUGUGCAUCCCCAGGUGAGAACAGUUCUGUGUAUGUGUCACUUCCACUUACCCACCUCGCCUCUGCUUAGCUAGUGGCCACCCCCCUAAGACAUCAAGGUCUCCAUCCAGAUGCAGCUCUGCAGGCUGCAGAAGGCUUGGUAAGAGCCGGUAAAGAGACUCAGCCCCCCUGGCUUUGGGGAAAAACUCUCUUCUCCUUUUGCCAUUCUUCCAAUCUCCCAGUGGAUUUUGCUUUUGUUUUCUAAAUUGAGUUCAGUCCAGAAGGGUGGGGGUGAACAGGGGGUGUAUCUGUGUGUAGGGAGUGCUUUGUGUGUGUAAUAUUUAUUUCCUCAGUGCAUUGGGGCUGGGGCUGAGGCUACCCCUCCCUCUCUGUUGGUUCAGCACUAGGGUGGUAAUGGGCUGGUCUGCAGCCAGCAACGUUGUGCAUGUGAGUAGUAUUUGUCUGUUCCUCCCUUGAACUGUCUGUGUAGUCUGAGGUUUUUAAACUUGCAGGCAACUAACUGACUGAUGUCCAGUUGUUCCCUGCUUUUUACGUAUCAUGUUGUAGAUAACUAACAGCUGUUCCCACUCACAAAUUCUUCCUCUCCUAUAAGCACAUACUCUGUGUCUGUCAACAGCCCCUCCUGGGGAAAGGAAAAGUCCUAUUUUUACUUCUGCACCCCAGCUUCUAAGCUGCUGUCCCAGUUAUCCUCUUCUGCUCUGGGUGUAAGUGGGGAGAGUGGAAAGAAGAGUAUCCUUCCCUUGAUAAUGGGGGACUGCUAGAGAGGGGAAGUAGCAAGUCCAGCCCAGCUUUGUGGUACAAGGUACACACCACUCAUUCUAGAAUUCCCAUCUUCUAACCUAGAGAAUAUAGGUGCUAUAAACAGGGAAUUAAGGAAAAUGCUGGAUGCUAUAGAUAUUUUAAUUGUCUUAAUUAUUUUCUAUUAUUAAACUACAAGCUGUAGAUUUCUUAGUUCUCACAGAACUUCUGUUAUUUUAAACUGACUUGUAUAGUUUAAAAAAAAAAUCUCAAGUAGGAUGUUUUGUACUGUUGCCUGACCCUCUUCUGUGAUGGGUAAUGCGUUUGAUUGUUUGGGAUUUUCUGUCUUUAAAAAUGUAGUACUUUUUGGAGAGGAAAAAAAUAAAAAUUAUUCCAGAGCAAAGUAGUUUGUGUGAGUGUACACCCAAGAGGCUGCAGAAAAAAAGGCCCCAAAUGACUGGUUGGGGGUUGGCUUGGGAUGCUGGGAUUGCUUGGGACAGUGAGGGAACACAAGAGUUCCUUUAAGGCUGGAGGCAAAUCAAGUGCAGAGACAUAAACACCAAGACUUGCCUGUCCCUGAUCCCCAGCUUUGGCCCAUACCGAGAGCAGAUAUGCCCAGGGGAAGUAGUAUGGUACCUAGGAAAAAAAAAACAGGGUGAAGACGAGGAAGGAAGGUGCUAGUCCUUGCUCUGAAUGACUGUGGAUGUGGGAAAGAUGACCAGCAUCUCCUGCCAUCGGGCUUCCCUUACAUCAAUCGGGUGGUGAUUGGCCCUGUCUGUUUUAGUCUGGGAGGUGCCCAGGUUACUGUGAGAAUGGCUGCACAGUGCCCUGGGAACAGGAUUUUUUUCUGGAGUCGGGGCCAUAGAUCCUAGAUGCCCUAUAUAAGUGAAGGACACAGUGAUCAUGGUGAGUGGUAACUCUCAGAGCCUGAUUGGCCCUGUAGCUGAAAGAAAGGUGGCUGAAUUAGACCACCCUCAUCACACAACCAUCUCUGGAAGACCCACCAGGGCUGGGCCACUGAACCUAUUCCUCUGCCACAUGGCACUUGUUCCUUUCUGAGGCAAGCUAGACACAGCGGCCCUUCGCACCUGCUUUAAAGGCUAGUUCAGAACAUGGCUCACACAAGGAUCAAAGGCUGCAAGGCAGGAAGGGGGAGGCGAGUGAGUUGAAGCAAUGUGAAAGGGCUUCCUAGAGAAGAGUUAAAUUAGGAAAGAGACUAUAGAAUCAGCCUUUCCCAAUAUGUCCUUUUCAGAGUACUAGAUCCAUGGAACAGCAAUUGAUACUUGUAAAAUGUUCCAUGGUCGAGUCAUUUUUGGGAAAUACAGGUUAAAGACAAGCUCGCUCUUUCACAACUUCUCAGGUUCUUAGUUGGUUACUGUGGAAUUUGUGUUAUGGAAUAUGCUCAGAGAAAGGUGACUUAGGGGAUACAGGGUGAGCCUGGCCUGGGCCUCUGGUCUCAAUGGAAUCUUGGCCCUGCUCCCAUUUUCCAGUCAGACUUUCCAGCAGAGUAUCUAUCACAGAAGGGCUUUGUGGACUUUAUGGGAUCCCUCCCUUUCCUGCCAGCAGUCCCCACUCCCAGGCAAUGAAAGAACUUCCUUGUUCUUUCACGGGCUCCUCCCAUCAUCCUUUGAAUCCUUUUGCAGGAAACUCUGGAACUGAACUGAAUUCCUAGCCUUCCAAGCCUUGUUUAUGUUCCAGGCUCCUGGCCCUAGGUAUUUUUAAUAAACAUGAAGACUCCCAGUCCAGGCCUCUCUGAUAUAGCUACAACCCAGACAAUUCUAGAGCAAGUACCCAGAAAUGGCAAGUCAGGAUAUCAAGACCCUUGGCUUAGCAUCAGGAGUCUAUCUUGUAGGGAUCAGCCUGUGAUCCAAGUGUUUUUAUCUCCUUUCAGUCGGCUGGUAUCUAGGAUACAACAAAAUGGUGAGGGGGUGAGGAGGAUCACUCAAUGUUAUUUACUUUUAGUCACAUCCUAUUUCAUGCUAGUAUUCUGAGAUGACAGGAAGCUUUGGGAAGGUAGAAACAUGGGCAUCUAAUUCUGGAACCACUGAUGAAGCCAAAAGAAGGCUCAGUUUUCUUAACUUGGUUCUUUUGCCCUCACCUCAGCUCCUCCAAAGAAUAACCCAGAGAAAGAAAUGUGAACCCUACCCCUAGAGAGAGAGGUGUGAAAUGAGCUGCUGGAGAUGGGUUGUAAGCUGUUCCAUGAUUCAGCUCUCCAAGACAGAGGUGUGAGUGGUCAUCUCAAAUUCCUGCUGGGUUGGGCUUUACAUCAGAACACUCCCCUUGAUUAGCAUAUAAUUGCCAAAGUCAGAAUUUUUACAGGAUAAUAAUACUCAUUAACUGAGCUCAGUCACAGGUUACUGCAUUUCUUGUUAAGCAGUAUUCAGAGCUGUAAUUAACAUCCCAAGUGCUGUGGACAGGAAGAAAACAAAUGAUCCACUCAUGUCUUAAAGAAAAUAAAUUUCCCUCACUUCUGGCUGUUUUGUCCUAACUAUUGGCAGCCUGGACAGAGGACUGGAAAUAAUAAUGAGGCCAUAAGUCAGGACUGACUCGAUGGCAACCAACUAUAACUUUGUUCUCCAGGAUCAAGGCUAUAUGCCAAAAGCAGAGAAUAUCACAGGGCCGGGUACCACAGCCUGAGGUGUUGAAAUUUGGGCCUUACAGUGUGUUGGUCACCUGAGAAAUCCCUCAUCUUCACCACCACCACCCCUCUGCCCCUUUAGAUCUUUCUGCUAAAAACACUAAAUUGUUGCCCCAACCACCAUGUGUAAGGUUCCAUACUUAGAUGUUUUGGGGGUUGGGGGUGGGGCUGUUACAUUACCUGAUUUAAGAUACCACUUUAAAAUUGUAGCUAUUCCCUCCAGAUACAUGACACCCUGUGUGUCAACCACUCAGACUAAGUAUGAACAAAGUAUGGAGGAUGUGGAUUCUAGUUGCUACUCAUGGUCAAAUGACUUUGAGCAAUUCUCUUCUCUUCUCUGGACAUCAGUUUUCUCAUUUUAUAAAAUGAAGAGUUCAGAUUAGACAUUGGAUGAUUUCCUGGAUCCUUAACAUCCACAUCAACUAUUCUGCUGGUGCAGGGAAGACUAAGAAGAAUAGGCAGUAGUCACUGUCUUCAGGCAGUUUGUCCUCAAAACAGGUAAACUAUAAAGUUUUUGUUACGUACCUCUUAUUUCCUAAUGGCUUCCAGUGAAACAUUGAAACUUGUGUGGGUUGAAUAGUGUCCCUGCAGAAUUCAUGUCCACCCGAAACAUCAGAAGGUGACCUUAUUUGGGAAUAGAAUCUUUGCAGAUGUGAUUAAGGUAAGGAUUGAUGUGCUCACACUGGAUUAGGGUGGGCCCUAAAUCCAGUGAGCGUGUCCUUGUAAGAGAAAAGGACACACAGGAACACGCAGAGAGGGAAGACAAUGUGAAGAUGGAGACAGAAAUUGGACCAAUGCCUCUACAAGCCAUGGAAUGCCAGAAGCCACCAGAAGUUGGAAGAGGCAAGGGAAGAUUCUCUCCUAGAGCCUUUGGAGGGAGUGUGGCCCUCCUGACACCUUGAUUGUAGACUUCUAGUCCCCAAAACUGUGGGAAUAAAUUUCAGUUGUUUUAAGCCACCAAGUUUGUGGUAAUGUGCUAUGGAAGCCCUCAGGAAACAAUACAGGAGUAUUCUAAGGAAUUUCUUAGACACCAAUUUUUGUAAAAUCGCACUUGAGAUUUAAGAAAAAAAAAAAUUUUUUUUUUUUUUUAAUGAUAAUAUGAAGAUGAA